UGUGUGACAAGCUGAGACUCCAAGUCUUUCUGUCAGUUUUCUUAAAAUAAUUAUAGCAUGUCUUGGUAUGUUCUGGGAUGUAAUUUAUUUAUUAAUGUUGUUUUUCCUUAAUUAUUUUAAAAUUGCACAUUAAUUAAUUGCCAUUAUUUUAUAAUUUGUAAAUAUACUAUUGUUGACUGUGUUGGCAGUCCAUUGUGUUUACUGUGUAAAUGUGUUUUAACAGUAAUAAUAAUUAUGGCACAUUUUAACGUAACUCUUAUUUUUACGGCCUUUGGGCCUCCUAGUCCGCUCAAUUAUGGAGUUUUCUUUCUCACUUUGGUGACUUAUCUUACAACUGUUUUUGCUAAUUUCAUUUUAAUGCUGGUGAUUUACUGUGACACGAGUCUCCACAAGCCUAUGUAUAUAUUUGUAUUCAACCUGGCAAUUAAUGGACUGACUGGGUGCUCUGCUGUUCUUCCUGUCAUCAUGAACUACCUUGUUGACAAUGUAAAGAACAUCUCCUAUACUGGCUGUUUACUGCAGGUCUUCUUUGUAAAUUUUUACGGAUCGUCUGGAUAUGGCCUAUUAACAGUCAUGGCUUAUGAUAGAUAUGUUGCUAUUUGUAAACCACUGCAAUAUCACACCGUUAUGACACCAGUUAAAGUUAAGCUGCUUCUAGCAGUAGUGUACACUUCCACUAUUUGUUUUUUAGGCGUACAAGUAUACUUCACUUCAAAUUUGCCUCUGUGCGGAUAUACUGUAAACAAGCUGUUUUGUGAUAACCUGGCAGUAGUAAGUCUGUCCUGUGUUAAGAGUGCGUUUGUAGAUAUAUAUGGUCUGUUUGGGGUGGUUAUUUUUGUUGUUUUACCUCCGGUAUUUGUCAUCAUGUCAUAUAUAAGAAUUUUGCUCAUUUGUUUGAGAGCAUCUGCAAAUGCCAAGCAGAAAGCUCUGAAAACCUGCGCUCCCCAUUUAAUCACAUUUAUGAAUUUUUUAUCAGCCAGCCUCUUUUCUGUCAUAUAUAAUCGAUAUAAUAACUUUCUUCCGAAAGAGGUUAAUGUUUUUAUUUCAGUUCAUUUUAUUAUGCUUCCACCUCUUCUAAACCCACUUAUUUAUGGAAUAAGAACUGAACAGAUUAACAAAAGUUUCAGGAAGCUUCUACAGAAAAGAGUUUUUGGUCUUGAAUUUCCUGUAAAAACUGAUGAUCAUGUAAAAAAAAUCAGCAUUUAGCUGCUUGAUUAAGAAGUAUGAAUUGAUGCUGUGUAAAUCAAAGCAUUGUUGUAAAUAACUAAGUAUACACUUUCUAUGUUGUUUGGAUGUUAGGGAUGCAGUAUUAUCCUUGGAAAAAAACUGUUUAAUUGCAGUGUGUGUGUGUGUGCGUGAGUGUGUGUUGACUGGAGUGAUAUACUACAAUCCUUGUAUAAAACUCUGCAUAUAGUAAUAAAUAACAUUUACUGGAAUUAUUGGUCUCUUAUCACUAUGUGUAACAUAUGCAGAAUGUCAUGAUACAGUUAGAAUUUUAUUUGACCUAUGUUUGUCUCUUUAGACUGAGCUCCCCUGAUAAUAUUGCGCUUUAAUUUAGUACGUAAUAUUUUAUAAACCUAAUUAGCAAUUUAUAAGAGAAUAUAUAUAAAACAAUAUUUUAAAUUACAAAUAACAUUUUAUUUGUUGUUGAAAAUUGUAAUAUGACUUUUUGAUACAUGCAUCUAAAGCAAUACUCAUUUUUUCCUUGUGGUUUCUUUUUGGUCUCCCUGCCCAGUAUGAGUCUGGUUUAGGGUCCUCUGUGCUCCCAUGCCCUGUUAUGCACUCCUGGUUUCUCUGUCUGUUCACAGUGCUUUGCUGGAUGAUUUUGGGCCCUUCCCUCAUUCCUAAUCCACAUCUGAUUCACAUCACAUACUGUAAACCCCAGGCCAUGACUGCUUGAAAUUUAAAUAAAUCCUCUAGACAAGGGGUAUUUAAUUAGGAUUCAGUACGGUCCAGUUAGAGAAAGUUUCACCAGGCCAAGGUCCAGACCGUCGCUAUUUUUAACUUGCGUUAUGUUAACAACUACUGAAAGACAAAACAAAUUACACAUACU